GAACAACCCUAUCUGCUCUUACCAUCUUUUCCCGAAAACUAUAAAUACCUUUCAUUUCUAAACCCCUCAAUUUUUUAGCCCUAGACCCUUCUUCCACUGGCCGCAAUAUGCUCCGCCCCGACAAAUUCUUCAUUUUCUUCCCCAUUCGUUUCUUAAUCCGUUGUUAUACUCCUUUUUCUUCGCAAUUUAAGUGAUUUUACCAGGUCAAUUUAGCUGAAUUUGGUGUUCUUCAGCUGAAACUUUGAUCUCUGGUGGUUGUUCAAAUAUAUCUUUUUCACCGGUGAAGUUGAAAUGUGUAUUGAAGAUUUCGACUUGCACGAAGGGUUUAUCCUGUGUUUUUGGGGUUCUUCUGUUCCGUAAUGAAUGGUGUGGAGUUGGCUCUCCCGGAAGCGGUGAUCUCUACGGCAAAACUCAUGGGGUCGAGGGGUUUUGGCGGCGGCGGCGGCGGAGAUGUUGGGGCUUCCAUCGGGAAAGUUGAGAUUGGCCGGUCAGAGGCUAAUUCGGCGGCAAUGCUUUCCUCUGUUGACUCGUAUGGUCAAAGAGACCCAGCCUUUUUAUUCAAGAUACCUGAUUCUCGCCGGUACCUCCCUAAUAGCCAGCGGCCAAGCUCUCACAGCAUAGAUAAUUCCAAAGAAUUGAAACAUGGAGUUAAUGCUUCGCAAGCUUUGAUCUCUGGUUCAGAGGCUAAACAGUUGCAGCGAUCUGGGAAGGUGUCAAGAAGCAAUAGUGGGUCUUUGAAGAGGCCACGGGUUGUACAGUUGUCACUUCCGUUAAGUGAAAAUGGUGAAGAAGAUAGAAAGAGCAAUUCGGGGGUUGGAGCGAGUCCGAUAAAAAGCAUAAAUGCAGAGAAAGCUCAACUUACUAAGCAAAAGAGCAAUUCAAAUGUCAAGCGUGCUGAUAAACGAAAUGGUAGAACUCCUAGAAGCAGAAGUGAUUCGUUUUGUCUGAAAAAUGGGUUCAACUUCAGCUCCGUUGGUGGAGGCGGGAACUUUCUUGCCUAUGGUUCCAAAUCAGACAUAUUUGAUGUUGCAAAGCCCAUUGAUGAACUGCCUCUUGAUGCACUACUUGAUGGCAGUUACAAGAGACCUAGAUUGGAAAAUGAAAAGGGAAAAGAUGUUCGAGAUUUAAAUGAGAAUCUUCUGAAUUCAGUUAGAAAGGCCUGUGCUGUUCUUCAGCUUGGGAGUCCUGUCCCUAUCCAGAACUCUGUGGAGGUUGAUAAUAAUUACAAUCAGAAGGUUUCAGUUGGUCCAAUUAGCUCUGGUAGUUCUUCAUCAAGUAGGAUGGAUAGUAAAGCUGAUUCCUCCACCGUAAGUGGGCCUUCUACCAAUAAGGAUUCUUCUGGAGAUGUUAAAUCACCUGCCUUCACUAUCGACUCUCUACUAAUUGCCCCAAGAGAUGUGUUGGAGCGACUGGCGCUUCCCCCAUCUAAGGAGCUGGACUCUUUGCUCCUUGAUGCGGUAAAACCAGCUUCAUCUUCGAGAAAUGCAACUGAGCUACGUAUGGGAAAGAGCACAUCUUAUCGAAAUGGCUUGCCGCCUUUUACUUGGUCCAUAAAUUCCUCUGGGAGUUCAAAGUCCGGGGCUGAUGCAGUUAGAAUAUCUGCUAGUAGGACUGCAUGCCCGGGCAGAUGGGUAAAAGUGGGAAACACUCUCACUCCUUCUGAAGAUUCUGAUGGUUCAUUGGUGGAUAUUCAAUCACUCACUUUUGACCAAAGACUAGUUCCUGUGGGGAAGCUAGAGUCUGUACCCCUUGGAGUCGAAAGAUUCUCAUCCAAAUGUGUGAGCAUUUCUCCCUCUGAAGUUGAAUUAACAUCAACAGCAUGCUCAGCUUCCAUGGAACCUGCAGUUGAUUAUUCACCAAGACUCUUGGAUGCUGCUGAGACGCUCUGUGGAAUUGCAUCUCACUCUUUGUACCAGAGCUCACAGGAAGCCUCAAAAUCUGUAAAUAAACCUUCCCAGAAGAUUGCAGAAGCUUGCAACUUUAAAUUAACUCAAAGAUCUAUGAUACCUGGAGUGGCACACACAGCAUCAGCAGGGCGUGAUAAUGUUUUCAAAGCCUCUGAUGCUGUGUUUUCAUCUAGGAUUAGACUGGACAAAAGGACAGACACUGGUUGUCUUACAAACCUUUGUAGAAAAGAGCCGAUAAAUGGGUCCGCUCCUAGAUCAAUCAGAUCCUCGCCUAGUAAGCCGUUGCGAGAUUCAGAUUUGGAGAAGAAACCUUACAAAAACAACAUUAUAAAUAGGUCAUUCAUGAUGCCACCACCUACCUCUAGGGUGAUUGAUAGGGCUUGUAGUAGUAGUAGGCAGAAGCUGAAGCAGAUAGGGUCAGCAGGAUGGAACAACUCUGCAGCCAAAAACCUGGAUUGAUAAAGCUCCUUGUCUUAGACAGAAAAUCAACUUUCUGUCAGAUUCAUCGUGGUUGCUCAUUUGAGCAACCGUGGAUUUUGUGCGUAGGGGAUGGUAGUUCUGUACAUAUCUUGUAGAAGGGUUUGUUGUAAGUUGUAACAAUUAGCUGUAAAAUGUGUAUAAAUACAGUUUAUCCUGGAACUUCAUAUUUGCCUAGUUGUAGAUGAUGAUUAACGAUAUGAGUUUUAUUCAUAAAAUUGUACCAAUGUCUGUGCUUGUCAGUUUUCAGGUGAAUAAUAAAUUUGACAAGUUACUUUUUAUUUCUGCACCCAAUCAAAUAAUUCUGUCUCAAUGACAUGUAAUGCUGUAAACGUGAUUUGUGGGAUUUAAUUAGAUUCAUUGUGACUAAAGAAUGUAAUAGAGUACUAGAUGCUUGGCCUGGACAGAUGCCCGGGUGUCUUCUCUAAAUUACUAUUUUAUUAAAAUCUAAUUGAAUUAUUAUUUUUUGAGAA